GGGAGGAUCUCAGCUGGAGCAGAGAGAGGGAGAGGCAUACAGAGAGAGGAGUGUGCGCUGAGUGUGGAUGUACUCGCCUGCCUUGCUGACUGACUGUGUGUGUGUUUGUGUGUAACAGAAAGAGGGGAAAUCGCGUGGAUACUACUCCACAGGACUGGAUGCAUUCGGCAUCACGGGAGGAGAGCACACACACACAAACAAAAAAAGAGAGCGCGGCGGACACAAACUGCUGACUGAACUGCAGGCAGACACUGGGGCAGAGUGCGGAGGAGUAAGCAGACAAGACAGAGCACAGGAGACCUGACUGAUAGUGCCCAUGGCGAGCAAUAACACAGCCAGCAUUGCACAAGCCAGGAAGCUGGUGGAGCAGCUGAAGAUGGAGGCCAACAUUGACAGGAUAAAGGUGUCAAAAGCAGCGGCAGACUUAAUGUCAUACUGCGAAGCCCAUGCCAAAGAGGACCCUCUGUUAUCGCCGGUGCCAGCGUCAGAGAACCCGUUCAGGGAGAAGAAGUUCUUCUGUGCCAUCCUGUAAACCCGGCAAUGCCCUUCAGCAGUCUGCUCAGUGUGGGACUUUGAACGCGGACGUUCAAAAUACGUAGAAAUCUUCUAGUAGGAGGGCACAGUGAUUAUUGCCCCCUUUGUCGAACGGCACCUAAAGAGUGCAAAAAUUAAAACCACAGAGUUAACAUGUAACCAUUAAAGGGGUUGUGAUUGCUUUGUUGAGGGGUGUUGCAGCAUGUUGAAGGGGUCUCUGCUUUUAGAUGACACAAAAGGGAUGAUGAUGACGAGGAGGAGGAGGAGGAGGAGGAGUAUGAUGAUAACCCAGAGACGUGAUGGACAACCAGUCAACCUAACAAGUAUUCAGGUUGUGAUGUGUACAAAACAAAAAAUAGAUAAAAUGAGAAUAAAAAUAUUUUGUGGUUCUUUUGGGACUUCCAAAUGUUCUGUUAAAUGGUUUGUGGGUGGAUCGAGCUGCGUAGGACAGGAAACAAAAAUACACCUUCCACUAGACACCACCUGAUUAUUGGAAUGUUUUUUUUAAGUUGUUUAUUUUAUGUUUAUUUGAACUUUACCUAUCACCUAGAUAUCUUUCUAUACCUGUACGUGAUUACUGAAACUGCUCUGUUAACUUUUUUUUUUUUUUUUUUUUUUUUACACCAACAGGUUAUUGAGAGCUUUUUUAAUGGGAUGUUUGAAACAUUCAAUUCUGUGAUUCUCUUUACAAAUACCUUUCUGAAAAUCAGUCUCUGUGUAUCAACAUCUAUCUGGCAAAUGUGAUACAGUUUGUCUCCUUCAGAUACAAACCCUCUUUCUACUCUUUGUAUAAAAUGACUAGCAAGUAAACUGUGCUGUGCUGUGAGUUCUGAACGUUUGUGUUUGUAUCAUUAACUAUUGCAUGAAAUGGACAAACGGUCAUCUCUCUUUCCUUUCGUGUGAAGAUUGUAUGAAACAGGGGCAGCCUCCAUAUGGAAGUGCCAAAAAAAAUAUUAAAACAAAAAUGAUUCAA